CAGCGGCCGGCGCUGAAUGAGAGACGCCGACUGCUCCGGUCGCCGAGCGCUAGCCUAGGCGGCGGCGGCUGCAAAGCGGCGGAGCGGGGGGCCGGCGCCGUCUUUCCAAUCUCCGAAGCGUCUGCCGCGGCUGCACAGGAAUAAUAAUGUAUUUGUGGCCUUGGACGUGAAGCAGUCAGUCUUCUGUUGCUGUUAACUAGCGUCAGGGACUGAUGUUGUGGGAAGCAUGGACCUAAUGAACGGGCAGGCAAGCAGUGUUAAUAUUGCUGCCACUGCUUCUGAGAAAAGUAGCAGUUCUGAGUCAUUGAGUGACAAAGGUUCUGAAUUGAAGAAAAGCUUUGAUGCUGUGGUAUUUGAUGUCCUUAAGGUUACACCAGAAGAAUAUGCGGGUCAGAUAACGCUAAUGGAUGUUCCAGUAUUUAAAGCCAUUCAGCCAGAUGAGCUUUCAAGUUGUGGAUGGAAUAAAAAGGAAAAAUACAGUUCUGCACCAAAUGCGGUUGCCUUUACAAGAAGAUUUAAUCAUGUAAGCUUUUGGGUUGUUAGAGAGAUUCUUCAUGCUCAAACAUUAAAAAUUAGAGCAGAAGUUUUGAGCCACUAUAUUAAAACUGCUAAGAAACUGUACGAGCUGAAUAACCUUCACGCACUUAUGGCAGUGGUUUCUGGCUUACAGAGUGCCCCAAUUUUCAGGUUGACUAAAACAUGGGCGUUAUUAAGUCGAAAAGACAAAACUACCUUUGAAAAAUUAGAAUAUGUAAUGAGUAAAGAAGAUAACUACAAAAGACUCAGAGACUAUAUAAGUAGCUUAAAGAUGACACCUUGCAUUCCCUAUUUAGGUAUCUACCUGUCAGAUUUAACAUACAUUGAUUCAGCAUACCCAUCAACUGGCAGCAUUCUAGAAAAUGAGCAAAGAUCAAAUUUGAUGAACAACAUCCUUAGAAUAAUUUCUGAUUUACAGCAGUCCUGUGAAUAUGAUAUCCCCAUGUUGCCUCACGUCCAAAAAUACCUGAACUCCGUUCAGUAUAUAGAAGAACUACAAAAGUUUGUGGAAGAUGAUAAUUACAAGCUUUCAUUAAAGAUAGAACCAGGGACAAGCACACCACGUUCUGCUGCUUCCAGGGAGGAUUUAGUAGGUCCUGAAGUAGGAGCAUCUCCACAAAGUGGAAGAAAAAGUGUGGCAGCUGAAGGAGCCUUGCUACCACAGACACCACCAUCCCCUCGGAACCUGAUUCCACAUGGACAUAGGAAGUGCCAUAGCUUGGGUUAUAAUUUCAUUCAUAAAAUGAACACAGCAGAGUUUAAGAGUGCAACGUUCCCAAAUGCAGGGCCAAGACAUCUAUUAGAUGAUAGCGUCAUGGAGCCCCAUGCACCAUCUCGAGGCCAAGCUGAAAGCUCUACUCUUUCUAGUGGAAUAUCAAUAGGUAGCAGUGAUGGCUCUGAACUAAGUGAAGAGACUUCAUGGCCUGCUUUUGAAAGGAACAGAUUAUACCAUUCUCUCGGCCCGGUGACAAGAGUGGCACGAAAUGGCUAUCGAAGCCACGUGAAGGCCAGCAGUUCUGCAGAAUCAGAAGAUUUGGCAGUACAUUUAUAUCCAGGAGCUGUUACUAUUCAAGGUGUUCUCAGGAGAAAAACUUUGUUAAAAGAAGGCAAAAAGCCUACAGUAGCAUCUUGGACGAAAUAUUGGGCAGCUUUGUGUGGGACACAACUUUUCUACUAUGCUGCCAAAUCUCUAAAGGCUACAGAAAGAAAACAUUUCAAAUCAACAUCAAAUAAGAACGUGUCUGUAGUAGGAUGGAUGGUGAUGAUGGCUGAUGACCCGGAACAUCCAGAUCUCUUCUUGCUGACUGACUCUGAGAAAGGAAAUUCAUACAAAUUUCAAGCUGGCAGUAGGAUGAAUGCAAUGCUGUGGUUUAAGCACUUGAGUGCAGCCUGCCAAAGUAACAAACAACAGGUUCCUACAAACUUGAUGACUUUUGAGUAAAAGCCUGAUAAAAAACAAGGUGAACUGUUAUCUUAAGUGAAAGCAAGGACCUGAUGAAAGAGCGCCAGCUAUAAACCAAUCCUGUGCCAGGAAGAGCCCAGAGGUUCCAUCUCAGCCUCUGGAGUUCUGAACCAAAAAAGCACUAAUUUCAGGGAAUGAAGUGAGAUAUUCCCAGAGAACAAAUUGGAGUUGCAAAACAAACUGCCAUGGACCAUGCUUCUUAUCUCUGAACUGACCUGUGGAAACCACUGCCUUAAAAGAAUGAAAGGAAAACCAACAUGAAACACCAAAUAGUGUGUGUGAAUCUUCUGGCGGUGCUGUGCUUGGAAUAGAUCGUAGCUAAUUUGCAUUUCUUUUAACUUUGUACUAAUUUUGGAGGGGAGAAUCGCCUUUUUUUAGAUACACUUUAAAAAGAAAAACAUAUUUCUUAUGGGUUACAUUAGGAGCUGGGUUUAAAGUGAGGUGUAAAGCUACUCCAGCUUAGUAGGGUUCUACCAGCAGCCUAGCGAAAAGGUUUGCUUGAGCUUCCAUUAGUCUGCAGCCUCACUCGCUUUUUCACAACAAGAGUGUAGGAAUUAGAAAUGUUAAUAAUGUGAGUUGUUGGAGUUUGUUUGGGA